UACUCCCAGCGCCGAUUCGCCGAGCGAAGGAGGUCCUCGCGCACCGCCGCGGCAGUCUAGAAAGUCGCCUCGCGCUGCGCGUCUCCUGUCGCUCCCGGCGUGUUCCCUCUCCCGUCCAGAAUCCGCGAAGCCGCUUUGUUUACCGUCGGCAGUUCGACCGCCGCCAUGCGACGCGCCGUCCAGUGCUAAGUCCCAUUCCUCGCUGUUCGCCCCCGUUCGGCCCCUUCGUGGCGUCUGUGGUUUUGUUUGUGUGUGUGCCUGCCCCUGCCGCGCCGACCGAGACGGACGAUCCAGUUUGUGCGAUUGGAUGUAAAAGACUUUGACAAUGGGUAACGAAAAAACGGAGAAGGGGGAGUACCUAGAAAAGACCCAAUCAAUGGUUACCAUUGAUGGAAGUUUCAACACCUCCUCUACACUGAAAUUGACUGAUAAUGGAACGAAAAAAGGCAUCGAGGCCGACGACACGUACGAGCCUUUUUCGAAUCGAGAUAUGACGCAUGCCACAUCGAAUUCGGGUGCUUUCUUCCACUUGCUCAAAAGUAGUUUAGGGUCUGGCAUUUUGGCGAUGCCGAACGCUUUCAAAAAUGGCGGUCUCAUAUUUGGAAUUGUCGGUACGAUACUCACGGGAAUUAUUUGUACAUACUGCGUACACAUGCUGGUCAUAUGUUCGCAAAUUUUAUCAGCUCGUGUGAAGAAACCUACGUUAGGCUUCGCAGAAACGGCAGAGGUCGCUUUUCAAACGGGACCAACCAAGUAUAAACAAUGGGCUGGUUUUGCAAGAGAGUUCGUGUAUGGAGCUUUAUUUGCAACGUAUUAUUUUGGAAAUACAGUAUACGUAGUGCUAAUCGCAACAUCGUUUAAACAGGUAAUGGACAGCAAUUUGGGACUAGACUGGGACAUUCGGAUUUACAUCCUCUUCCUGGCCCUUCCACUGGUUCCUGUGGGAAUCAUCAGGACUCUGAAAUACCUCGUGCCUUUUUCCGCGAUGGCUACAGUUUUCAUCAUGGUCGGGUUAGGGUUCACGAUCGCCUACACGCUAGAGGAUCUACCCCCGGUCACAAGCAGGCAUUAUUUCACAUCGUGGCACCAGCUGCCUCUGUUUUUCUCGACCGUGCUAUUCGCCAUGGAGGGCAUCGGAACGGUGAUCCCCAUCGAGAAUUCGAUGAAAAACCCCGGACACUUCUUGGGCUGCCCCGGAGUCCUGAAUAUCGCCAUGAUCAUCGUCGUAAAUCUGUAUGGAUGUGUUGGCUUUUUCGGAUAUUUGAAAUACGGAGAUGAAACGAAAGGCAGCGUCACUCUCAAUCUACCUGCAACAGCAUUAGCUGAGAGCAUAAAAAUCCUCGUCGCUCUGUCGAUUCUUUUCACGUACGGACUUCAGUUCACCGUGCCGACCGAAAUCGUGUGGAAGAGGAUCAGCCAUAAAUUUUCGGAAGAAAAUCAAGAGAAAGGCUACUACAUCAUGCGAGCAUUCAUGAUUCUGGGCACAGUGGUGGUGGCAUCGGCUGUGCCAAACUUGUCGCCUGCAAUCUCCCUCGUCGGGGCGAUCUGUCUCUCGACGUUGGGCCUUUUCUGUCCAGCGGUCAUCGACACCAUCACAUUCUGGGAGGAGGACAUCACCGCUUCGGGAAUCCCGUGGCGGUGGGUAAAAAAUGCCGCCAUUGCCAUAGCCGCGCUGUUAGCUCUCCUCUCGGGCACCUACGCGAGUCUCAUCGAGAUGAUCCACGAGUACUCGCAGCUACCACCAAUCGCGCCAGUGGAGUGAUUUUCAAUCGGUCUCCACAGAUCAAGUCUCCGCGUUGGCGAACAUCACCUUCACAUUUUGUGUAUUUGCAGGAACCCAACACCCGCAUAAAAAAUAGCGACGGUGAAAGUCGGCAAUCACAUAACUCGUUUGCGGUGUCUGAAAAUCUCCGCCUCUACGUCA